UCCGCCUUGAUCCGGUCCGAUCCGCCUUGAUCCGGUCCGAUCCGGUCCGGGAGGGGCCUCCCUGGCGCACCCACGCCGGCCGCCAAGGUGGCCAAGCGAUAUGCCAGGGGUUCUUCAAUGUGAUACCCGUUGAAGAAGCAGAAUCCAUUUAUUGCCUUGCACAUGUAUAAGGAUGCCUUAAAAAGGGAGCAUGGAUAAGUACAUUAAAGUUCAGAAGAUCGGCGAAGGAUCCUUUGGAAAAGCCAUUUUGGUUAAAGCUAAAGAAAACAGUAGGCAGUAUGUUAUCAAGGAGAUUAACAUCUCACGGAUGUCCAAGAAAGAGAGGGAAGAGUCCAGGAGAGAAGUUGCUGUGCUGGCAAACAUGAAGCAUCCAAAUAUUGUCCUGUACAGAGAGUCAUUUGAAGAAAAUGGCUCUCUCUACAUAGUCAUGGAUUAUUGUGAAGGAGGAGAUCUGUUUAAGAGAAUAAAUGCUCAGAAAGGCAUCUUGUUUCCAGAGGAACAGAUCAUGGACUGGUUUGUACAGAUUUGUUUAGCGCUGAAGCAUGUACAUGACAGAAAAAUUCUUCAUCGAGAUAUAAAAUCUCAGAAUAUAUUUUUAACCAAAGACGGAACGGUACAACUAGGAGAUUUUGGGAUUGCCAGAGUUCUCAAUAGUACUGUAGAGUUAGCUCGCACCUGCAUAGGAACGCCAUACUAUUUGUCACCAGAAAUCUGUGAAAACAAACCAUACAAUAAUAAAAGUGACAUAUGGGCCCUUGGGUGUGUUCUCUAUGAGAUGUGCACACUUAAACAUGCAUUUGAAGCUGGCAAUAUGAAAAAUCUGGUCUUGAAGAUCAUUUCUGGAUCCUUUCCUCCUGUUUCUUUGCAUUAUUCCUAUGAUCUCCGUAAUCUGCUUUCGCAGUUAUUUAAAAGGAAUCCGAGGAAUAGACCAUCAGUGAACUCCAUAUUGGAGAAAAGUUUUAUAGCCAAACGGAUUGAAAAAUUUCUCUCCCCCGAGCUUAUAGCAGAAGAAUUUUGUCACAGAGUGUUUCACAAGUUUGAAGCUCAUCCUGCACCAGCAAAAAGACCAGCUCAAGGACACAUCUUGUCUGUUGCUCCUCCAGCUCAGAAAAUCACCAAACCUGCUGCUAAAUAUGGAGUGCCUUUAAUAUACAAGAAACCUGGAGAUGCACCUAAAAAAUCCCACGAAAAGAAACCUCCCCCAAAAUACAGACAGGCCCAACAGACUCCAGUGAAGAAAGUGACUCCUGGGGAAGAAAGGAGGAAAGUGUUAGAGGAAGCAGUAAGAAAAAGACGACUUGAAUUAUUUGAAAAGGAUAAAAAACAUAAGGAUCAGAUUAUUGUGAAAGCAGAGCAGAUGAGAAGAUAUGAAAAAGAAAGGAUGGAGCGAAUAAAUCGAGCCAGGGAACAGGGUUGGAGGAACGUGCUGAGUUCCGGUGGAAGUGGUGAAGUUAAGGCCCCCUGCUUCGGCGGUGGAGGGAGAAUGCCUUCUCGAGGAAAGUAUGAACAUUACCAUGCUAUCUUUGAUCAGAUGCAGCCGCAGAAGGAAAAUAUUAAGCUAGCAGAUGAUAGAGAAGCCAAAUGGAGAGGUGAAGUGCGUGGAAAACGACUCCCCGAAAGAGGAGUUCCACCUGGAUUACGUCCAGGAUUUCCUAAUGGGGCCGCGGUUCAUCACCAACCCCCCGAUGCAGAGACAAUUAGAAAAAAAUUGAAAAGAUUGGAGGCCGUGUCUAAACAAGCCAAUGCAAACAGACAAAGAGGACAGAUAGCUGCAGAAAGAGCCAAGCAAGUCCAGGAAUUUUUGCAGCGCAAACGUGAAGCUAUGCAAAAUAAAGCUCGUGCUGAAGGACAUAUGGGUACUCUGCAAAACCUGGCAGCUAUCUAUGGAGGCAGGUCCAGUUCCACAAGAGGAGGGAAGCCGAGAAACAAGGAGGAAGAGGAAUAUUUGGCAAGAUUAAGGCAAAUAAGACUUCAGAACUUCAACGAACGGCAACAAAUUAAAGCUAAACUCCGUGGCGAGAAGAGUGAAGCUGGUGGUUCAGCAGGACAAGAAGGGCCUGAAGAAGCAGAAGUGAGACGCAAAAAACUUGAAAUACUAAAGGCCCAAACAAAUGCGCGAGCUGCUGUACUAAAAGAGCAACUAGAACGAAAGAGAAAGGAAGCUUAUGAGAGAGAGAAGAAAGCUUGGGAAGAGCACGGGCAGCAAGAAGCAGAUGGCUCUCCUUCCAAGCAGCAGUUGUCGCUGAAGCCCAGCGUCCCCGUUCUCUCCAUAACUUCGGCUCUGAAAGAAGUGGGUGCGGAUGCUCAGGGAAUCUCGGAGGAAAUGAAAAAAACAGAUAUUGCUCUUCAAAGUAAACGAGAAAUACUGCGCAGGUUAAAUCAAAAUCUUAAAGCUCAGGAAAAUGAGAAAAGGAAAAAGGAGCAAUUUGACAUUUGUGAAAUGGCUUUGGACAAUGAUAUUAAGAAUCAUGAAGAAGAAGAAGAAGAAGAAGAAAAAUCUGUUUUAACAGAUCGUAAGAAAUGGGAAGCAGGGGCUCAGCUGGUAGUUCCUCUAGCACAAUUAACGAUGGAUGAGUCCUUCUGUGCAAGUGAGAAACACACAGUAGGAACAGUGAUCAAGUUAGAUGAGGGUGAACCCCAGAGGCGAAUCUGGGGGAAAAGUCCCACGGACUCUGUUCUGAAAGUACUUGGAGAAGCUGAACUACAGUUUCAGACAGAAACAUUGGAAGUAGUGACUGUUCAAAAUGAAUUUCUUGAUGGGGAAAAUGAGAAAACAGUAGUAAUUGGAAGGGAAAAAGCAAGAUUGGCUUCUACUGAAGUAAAUCGUUCGACUGCGGUUGAUAAUACACAGAUCCAAAGACCAGAGCCCAGGGAAGGAGCUGAAUCUUCAGAAAUCGGGUCAAAGUCUGUUUUGAUGGAACAAAAAGUGGAUGAACCCGAUGAUUUGGAAACAGAAAUUUUAGACGAACCAAGUAAAACCAAAAAUAAUGAUGAGCAUCCAAGUACCGUCAUUGAUGUGUGGGUUAAAGAAAAGGAAGGAGCCAAGGAAGUUGAGUCAGAGACUAGGAUUGCCCGUCAACAAGACAAUGAUGAAGUCACUUCGGAAGACGGAGCCCAAAGUGAUGCUGAAGCUCAGAUAGACUCUGCUCCUCCUGCUAUGCAACCUGAACCCUUUUUUCACAAAGUGACUCCUGCACAAUCCAUAAAAACACCCCCCCUCACUCUGUCAGCUCAGUCUUCACAAGAAGAGUCUUUUCCGUCUCGUUCACAUUCUAAUUCACCUGUAAAAAGUAAAGGCAAGACUUCAUUGCUAAUUGGACUCUCUACCGGACUGUUUGAUGCGAAUAACCCAAAGAUGUUGCGGACCUGUUCGCUCCCAGAUCUCUCCAAGUUGUUCAAAACUCUGGUUGAUGUUCCCAGUGUAGCGGACGUCCGUCGUGACAAUCUCGAAAUGGAUGAAAUUGAAGAUGAGCACGUUAAGGAAGGGCCUUCCGAUUCAGAAGACAAUGUGUUUGGGGAAGCAGACACAGACUUGCAAGAACUUCGGGCCUCUAUGGAGCAACUGCUUAGGGAACAACCGAGUGAAGAAUACAGUGAAGAGGAUGAGACUCUUUUAAAGGCCAGUGAUGGAGAACCCGUAACAAAUGGCCCAGAUUUGGAUGAUGAGGAUAAUAACCCGAGCAGUGAAAGUGCACUUAAUGAAGAAUGGCAGUCAGAUAACAGUGAUGGUGAUAUUGCCAGUGAAUGUGAAGAGUGUGAUAGUGUUUUUAGCCAUUUAGAAGAACUGAGGUUUAACCUGGAGCAGGAAAUAGGCUUUGAAAAAUUCAUUGAGGUUUAUGAUAAAAUAAAGGCUAUCCAUGAGGACGAAGAUGAGAAUAUUGAAAUUUGCUCAACAAUAGUUCAGAGUAUUCUGGGAAAUGAACAUCAACACCUCUAUGCCAGGAUUCUUUAUUUAGUCAUGGCAGAUGGAGCCUAUCAGGAAGAUAAUGAUGAAUAAGUGGACAGAAGACAUUCUUUAAUCCCCUGAAGAAUGAAUGGAUUUGAAUUCUGCAAAGCAGAAUUCCAAGCUUCAGUGGAAAAUGUUACAAUCGCUUCCUAGGAUAAAGAGCAUAAAAGUUGAGACAGGCAUGACAAUUGCAUGAAGGAUAGGGAAUCCAUACCAUUUUUCAAAUAAAUGUUUCUCUUGUAUGUAUUUUCUUUAAAAUGUUUCUUGUGUUCUCAAGUUACAGUUACAGAGUCUGUACUUCAUACUAAAACAUCCAACCAAAGAGACCGAGAUGUUCACCCAGAAAUGGAUUUAAAGGUGGGAAGGAUUUAUGGUGAAAUAUAUUGGCAUUAACUGUUGAAUGUUAGUCUUGGUGCAGUUGAGGGGUGCCCUGUGUUGUGAAGACCUGCCUUGGAUUUUCCAUCUAUGCACUCCAGCAGAGCCUCUUUCCAUUGGAUGCUGAAGGCAGUAUUUUGUGUUUUUUUCGGAUCGGCGAGGCUGGGUUUAAAAUGCCCUUUCUUGACAAGGGCCCUGUUAAGUAUUGACAUUUUUGAAAAUAACAUUUUUAGCCUUUUAAAGUUUACAUUUUCUAAACUUUUUUUAAACCAGUGUCCCCCGAACCAACCUUAAUCGAUUUUACAAACUGAGGGGAACAGGCAUAUCACUGACUUAGAGAUCAUUGAAAAGGCUUGAUUGAAAAGUGAUAGGGAUGGAGAAAUUCCAUUUCUUGACAAUUGGGAAAUCGGUCGGAUUCUUACACGGUUUUGUUCGAAGGCAGGAACCCCUAAAGUGAAUUCAGUUUUUCUAGCUUUGGUGAACCAUGAUUCAGGAUUCAGCUUAAUAGUUCCUCCUUGGAUCCUUACCAUGUAUUUGUCUUCCCUUUGCUGAGGGAGCAACGGGAAUUUAAAAAAAAUUAAGGGCUGGCUAAAGUACCAUCUUGACAUUAAAUUUUUCUGGGAAAAGUUGCUUUGAUUUUUUUUUUCCGCUUCCUCUGUCGCCCUAUCAGGAGGUUUCACUAAGGCAAGCAUUCCCUUCUGAGAUGUUGUCUGUCCACAGACCUGCCUUCCGCAAGACACAUCAUUAGAUGGUUGGGUAGCAAAUUUCCAAUAUCCAGAUGCCUUGUGGUCCAAGCCGGAAUUGUCAAUUCCCUAAGUCAGAGCUGCCUGGAUGGCAAAAACGACUGUCUUGCAACUCUCCGUUAAAGUUAUUAUGUCUAUGAUUUCUAACGUUCAAAAAUAAAUAUUUAAUUUUUGUAUUUA